AGUACCUACUCGAUCGGGGCUUACUCCCGUUGCGAUCCGGAACACGUUCUCUUGCGUGCAAUCGCUGCUCGGCGCGCUCUCUCUAUAUAAGCCACACCGGCAGGAAAAUAAUCUUUUCAGUACAUUCGCAAAACUGUAUCGGCUAGCACUGCGGUUCGCGGGGAAAAUCGCGCCGGUGGAAUUCCGAAAAAUCCGUCCAACAGUUUUUUAAAUUAUUUUUUUUAUGAAAUUGGUGACAGGUUAUUACUAGAGUUUCAUUUGAAGAAGAAGAGCACCAUAGAAAAUCCAUUGUGAUAACGGUGUUCCCAAGUGAGAAGACUGCGAGUGGUUUUAUUUCACGGAACAGUGCACAUCAUCGUGAUAGAGAUAGUUGGCGCGAUCUGGUCAGGAGUUCUUCAGUUUCGGUAGUGCGGGCUCAAGUUCAGGAGCGCGGGUGCGCCGGAUCUGUCCACCCCCUCUCAUCGUAACCCAGCACCUCAUCUUCCCCCACAACCCAUUGGAUCGCAACUCACAUGCCAUGCGCGAUUCAAUUUCGCAGUUUUUCUCUUCAGCAGCAGCGAGCCAUCACCAUGAGUGUCGGAAACACAGUUCAGAUUCCGAUGAUAGCUUUGCAGGACAUGUUUCAAUCAGUGACGUAUCAAAGGCAAACUGGGGCGCCCAAAUCGGGAACGGAGCAAAAGAUCCCAACGGGAGUAUCGGGCGAGGGACGUCCGAAGCGGCAGAGACCGACUCAUCAGGGACCGGGGGGAUGCGGGACUCGCUGGAGGGGACGGGCUCAACGCAGAACGACCUUAUUCACCUCAAGAGACGGGUGGGACUCUUCAGUGGGGUGGCUUUAAUUGUCGGAACGAUGAUCGGGUCUGGAAUUUUUGUAUCGCCAUCUGGUCUACUGGUGCGAACUGGUUCCGUUGGUGUGAGCUUUAUUAUAUGGAUGGCCUGUGGAUUGCUCUCGUUGUUAGGUGCAUUGGCGUACGCUGAGUUAGGCACGAUGAACACAUCCUCCGGAGCGGAAUGGGCAUACUUCAUGGACGCGUUCGGCGCCUGGCCGGCUUUCCUGUUCUCGUGGGUGUCCACGCUGGUCCUGAAGCCGUCCCAGAUGGCCAUCAUCUGCCUGUCGUUUGCGCAGUACGCCGUCGAAGCCUUCGUUGCCGAAUGCGAUCCACCGUUGACUGUUGUGAAAAUGGUUGCAAUACUGGCGAUUGUGAGCAUUUUAUUUGUAAAUUGUUAUAGCGUUAAUUUAGGGAUGGCUGUACAAAAUAUCUUUACCUCUGCGAAACUGGUCGCGGUGCUGAUCGUCAUCUGCGGCGGCGCCUACAAACUGUUCCAAGGCAACACCCAACAUCUGCAGAAUGCAUUUAGCGGACCGACGCCAUCGCUCGGGGCGAUCGCGACGGCCUUCUACACCGGACUGUGGGCCUACGACGGGUGGAACAACCUGAACUACGUCACCGAGGAGAUCCAGAACCCGAGCAAAAACCUGCCGCGCUCGAUCAUCAUCGGCAUUCCGCUGGUGACGCUCUGCUACGCGCUGAUCAACGUGUCCUACCUGGCGGCCAUGUCGGCAACCGAGAUGAUCGAAUCGGAAGCCGUGGCGGUCACCUUCGGUAAUCGCAUUUUGGGGGCGCUGGCCUGGCUGAUGCCGCUGAGUGUCACCAUCAGCACGUUUGGCAGCGCCAACGGAACCCUGUUUGCCGCCGGAAGACUGUGCUUUGCGGCAAGCCGUGAGGGACAUUUGCUGGAUAUCCUGUCGUACGUUCAUGUUCGUCGUUUGACACCAGCUCCUGGACUGAUUUUCCACUCGCUGAUUGCCGGCGCGAUGGUCCUCUACGGUACCAUUGACUCGUUGAUCGAUUUCUUCAGCUUCACGGCCUGGAUCUUCUACGGUGGUGCGAUGCUGGCUCUGAUUGUGAUGCGUUAUACCAAACCCAACUACCCAAGGCCCUACAAGGUUCCUCUCAUCAUUCCAAUACUGGUUAUGGUCAUUUCCGGUUACCUAGUGGCGGCGCCCAUCAUCGAGAAACCACAAAUCGAGUACCUGUACGCGGUGGUGUUCAUUUUCGCCGGACUCAUCUUCUACGUACCGUUCGUGCACUGGGGCUACCAUCCGAAGUUCAUGGACAACUUCACUCUCUUCUUCCAAAUGCUGUUCGAAGUCGUACCCACCACAUCAAUGGCCAUGUUUGAUUGAACUGAUUGCACUGUUAGACCCUAACCGUUGCUAAAUAUGCAACAGCUUGACACCAAAGAAUUAAAUUUGAGCUAAAAUUGAGGCGGCAAAAUCGGAAAAUUUCAAACAAGUUUGCAACACACUACCUUACGAAUCAUGUUGCCAUAAAAUUGAUUGAUGGAUCACUCUUAGUCGUUGUUCAGUAGAAUAACCACUCAAUCUACUAUUCACUAUGCAAUUUAUUCAAUAACCAUCAUACCUAACCUCAAGAAAAACUGCGUUGUAAUAAUCCCAACAUCAUUGCGCUUACGAAUAGAAGUAAUGACAAAAAUUUACCACGUGGUCGAACACACAAAUUUGAAUAGCAAUAACACGGGAGGAAGAAGAGGAGAAAAUGAAUGUGCCAAUCAGUAGCAAGUACAAGAAUGAGUCGCGGAAUCAUUCGAAAAAUGAGUUUUGUCCAUCGUUGCAGAAUUUCAACCAACAUCGCAUCUUCGCCGGAAGAAAACACGUGUGAAACACUGAAACAAAAAGCAACAGUAAAGACACAAACACUGCUCAAAACAUCAAGAAAAUGAAG